UUGGUCGAAAGACGAUUUCUUGACUCUGCUAGAAGCAGAGACGAAAUGUAGGAACAUCAAAAACGUUAAAUUUUCAAUCAUGUAGCUGUGACUGCUUCUGCGUUGUAAAUCAUCAUUCGUACAUGUACCUACUUACUUGACGUUAAGCGAAUUCAGACCACCAGCACCAAGAAUAGAAAGCCAAAGAUGUUGAGUCCUACUCCUAGUGGGCCUUCUUGCAUGCCACCUCGCAGCACGAGGAUACGCAGCAACAGGUCCUCUAGAAGUCGCGGAUUGUUGUGCUUAUGUGGUUUUGGCCUCGUGGUCCUCGCAGAGCAAAUGCCCGUCCCUUCAGAGGAGAAGGCGACUACCUCCGCAGGAUCACCUCCACUACCUGAGGCAAAAGCUGAGGAAAAUCCAGCUCAGCACGUCGAAAGUAGUGUAGCUGCGACUUCACAGCAGGAUGGUUCCGGUACAGGAGCGGGUACUUCUAGUGGUAACAGUGGAAACGUCGCAAUAUUAAAGGAAGAACAAGAGAACAACAAAGUACUAGGUGGAGACGCGGUGGAGACGACCCUGUCAUCCUCACAUAAUGAGCUAGAAAAGGGUCGGAAGGAGGAGGCCGAGCUUCCGCAGUCACCGCAUGAGCCACAUCAUGGUGGGUCACAUCAUGGACAUGCGUUGGAAGUAUCAGGUCCUGCUCUGUCUUACGGAUGAUCAUAAUGGGAUGAAACUAUAAUUCAAAUGAUGCUACUUACUCCGGCAUAAUUCGUACUAAUUAUGUUAAAUAUUUGAUAUGAUCCGUAACCGUAGCUGUUUAAGUUUAUUUUACGCCAAGAUAAUCGUCGCCUCUUUGGCUCUUUCCUCCCUUUAAUCAAACUCGGGCUAGGAAGGGUUAGUGAGGGGUUGAGAUAUUAUUUUUGAACCUUUCAUCUGGAAAAAGAUGGCAGUAGUAGCUGCGUCUGCGGCGAUUCUCUUAAUAUUUUACACCAAGAUAAUAUGAAGAACUUAUUUAAUCAAAACUAGUAUUAGUAAGUGGAGUGCAAUCAUCUUUUCCGGUCAAGGUUCAUCCAGAAAAUGAUAUUAAUAUUAUAGAUACCGCUGGAACGAGCACGUUGCACAUUCUAAGGAAAAAACGACUACGAUUUUCAAGGGCAUUUGCUGACGGAUCCGGAUAGGGAUGGAGUCUUGGAAGCAGAUUACGACCACGAUGGCAUUCCAGAGAGCCAUGUCUACACGAAGUUUAUCCACAAACUUCUACCAGCUGACUUUCAAGGCCUUGUGAAGGACUACGCCAGUGACGUUCGCGUUUUAGUCAACAAGAUGUGGCCCAGUCAGAACCCCCGGGAGACGUACAGAUACUACGACUUUCCUCUUGCCUGUGCGCCUGACGUACCAGUCCCACAGUUAAUGAGUCUGGGACAAGUGUUGAACGGCGACCGAUUGAUGAACUCGAUGCUCGAUUUCAAGCGACUGCCGCCAGAGUAUUAUGGCGCCUGAAAGAGACAGCAGCAGCUGCAAGAUGAAUAGAGCUAGAAGUAGAAGAACAUCAUUCAAGUGCACUGACAUCAGUUGCAAGAUAGAUUAUAAUUUGGAGAUAAAAGGAAAUAUCAAAUAUGUAACUUCAAAAAUGCUAGCUACUUCGGUACAUGCAUCUAACAUCCUUGGCGCACGUCAAUUCCAGCAGACCAAGGAGGCAAUGAACCUUUUGUGUGGGAGACAGCGCAAAAACUCGUUUGCAAUAGGGAUCUCCCGGCUACCGAUGUGGAGCGUUUGCGACAGGCGAUAGAUGAUUGGUUUGUUUUAUGAAAAAAAAUUUUUUAAGAAAUAAUAAUUUUGAGCAUACAUCAACAUCAUCAUGAUAGUACUACUUGUUCUUUCCUCCACCUCAAGACUAGUUCUCCUGAGAAGUAGAGUCCGACGAGAUGACAAACAGGCGGCUGGAUAUUACCCGCACCACUUUCUUUCGCGACUCUUACUCUCUUCUAAUCCCCGCAGAAAUAGUCGUCGAUGAAUUCCCAGUUGCAGACUACAUCGGGAUUAAACUCAACGAAGAGUCAGCUGCCUAUUUCUCGAACGCAGAAAAGCAGAAGCUGGACGAUGCUGGAUGGAUGAAGACAAAUUUAGCUGAAAGAAUGUGGGGUAACUAUGGAGAAAGCCUGUAUUCCGACUACGAAGUUACCUCAGAUGACGAGUACUACAGCAGUCCUAAAGAGAAUCCAGCACACACUUUGGGGAGAGCAGGAGAACUUAUGAGAAGGGUUUGGAUUCUCGUGAUGUUGUUGAGUUAGACAAAACGUUAGUUCUUGUAUAUGUCCAUGUGGCGGCAUCCUAUCCUAUCCUAUCCUAUCCUAUCCUAUCCUAUGUACAUGCAAGAACAGAGUGGGUCGUGAUGGUGGAUGAGUAAAUUGUUUCCAGACUAGAAUCGUCAUCUACUUUCUGCUUCAUUUCAACUUCAACCCCUUCUCCACCACUUCUCUCUUUCAUACCAAAAACCGGCGUUGGAGCAGCUGCAGCUUCUGUAAAAGCCCUCGCAUCGAACUUACCCAGGGUUCAUCCUGUCAAGGAUGAUGAGAAGAUGAGAUAUUUUAUCCGCAACCACUACGAGUUCGAGAUCACACACAGCAAGGGAGACAUCAUGCAAGUGAAGCUGAGGCCUCCAUUGCCAGGGGGCAUGUUCGAACUACCUGUAGAGGGUCCAGCGAAAAUCCCUUUUUACGUCUCCGUCCACUGGUAUCCAUCAUCUGACUUCGGGAUGACACGCGCUGAAGCUUUGGAUUAUCAGAUCAUGCAUAAUUUAUGGUGGUGCCAGCAGAUGACGUUUUUUUUGAUUCGCCGAACGAUCCAAGUGGAUGUUGGUUCCUUUCCUUCUUCAUCUUCUUCUCCUUCCAAAAACAAAAAGUUGCUAUAGAAGAUGACAGCACUCGUAAACUCAAAAAUAAAACUUGGAGGCGUUGUUCUUGUUUUGUAAAUCUAAUUUUGCCCCUUAAGCUAGCAUCCCUUUUUUUCCUCUUAAUCACCCCUUUUGUCUUGUUGAAUUUGGUCCCCUGCUAGUACUUCCACCGCUUCUUCUAACUUGCUACGCCGAUCUGGUCGGUGACUACACAACACACGGGGACGCUCCUCCAAAGGUACAUUGGUUCGCGAUACUGAACUCCUUCGCAGUCGUCUUCGUCGUCUUGAUGCUUGCGAGUUGCGUCUUGAUUCGCAAUCUGAAACGAGACCUGUACCAAGCUGCGUCAGGACCAGCUUACAGCAGUGUGGAGAUGACCAACGUCAUAGGGGCGAAGAAUAUGGCACCCGAAAUGUUGUUCAAUGUUCUUGUUUGUUGUUCAUUUUUCAAGUUCAUUCAAGAAAAUGAAAAUAGGUGGUCACGUUGUUGCUGAGAAAAGCUAGACGGAGACAUUUGAGAUAAACUAAAACUUUUACCGCCAGAACUUACAAUAAGAUUUAAAUUUUCCACGUGCGCGUCCUGUGUGUUAUUCUCCUCCUCCUCCUCCUCUUUCCUCCCUUCGCUGCUAACAUUCGCAGCCCCGGCAGAGUGCGCGACCUUGAGAGCGGAGGGAAGAAGAAUCUGGACGAUAUUAUGACCGAUUUUGAAGAUGACGAUUUUGACGACCUGCGACCGCAAACUGGAUGGAAGUUGCUGCAUGCAGAUGUCUUUCGAGCACCCAAAUUCCGCACAGUCUUUGCUAGUUUGAUUGGCACAGGGACGCAGCUUCUGGUGAUGGCGUUGUCGGUCAUCUUAUUGGGGUGCUUGUCGAAUUAUUAAGGCAAGAGCAAGCACAAGAGCUACUAGAACUAAUCCACGUCCAGCAAAGAACGAACUUCAAGUCUGCCUCUGCCUUGUGAUGAAAACAGAAAACAAUCUUGAUCAACACAACAACGAAGUUUAAUAUAAUCCCAAAGAAACACACGACCUUCCCUCUCUCUAACCUCUCCAUCCAGGCACAGUCCUGUCCACCAUGGCUUUCUUUUACGUCUCAUCAGCUGUCAUUGCUGGCUAUGUUAGUGGAGCGCUGUACCAGAAGUUGGGAGGAGAACGAUGGACAUUGAAUAUCUUGCUUACGGCCUUGAUGUUUGCACUACCGGUCUUCGUCAUUUGGUCCUUCCUCAACACUGUAGCCAUCUUCUACUCCUCCACUGUUGCCGUACCGUUUGGCACCAUAUGCCUGCUCUUCGGCAUGUGGGUCUGCGUCACAGUCCCCCUCACCAUUCUUGGCGGAAUAGUUGGGCGACAAGUAGUCAUCAGGCGUCGAGAUACGCAGUCAGAUAUCGCGAGUUACUUUCCGUGCAAAACCAACAAGUUGGAACGGCACAUUCCAGAGUCAGCGAAGAGCUGGUCUCAGGGAUUGUGCUUGCAAUACGCGGUGUGCGGUGGGCUGCCGUUUGUGUCGAUGUUAUGAAUCUUAUAUGGAUGAAGCCGCGUUAGUGAGAUUCAAAUUUAGAUGAUACGUGUUCUACUCGCCACAGAUAUGUCUGUCACUUUCACGAUCACUAUCACUUCCUCUGGUCUUUCUUUUUUCUAGUUAGGUCGGCUCCACCACAACUAUCACUAUCACAUUAGAAAAGAAAGGGUUACAACAUCCCGAAAGGUCAUCUCCUCGUCCUCCCACCUCCACCUCCUCCUCUCCCCCCACCUUCAUCCCGCGGAACCGAACUGCACUACGUUUUCGACAGUGUCUGGGGUGGAAGUCAGUACCGUGUUUACGGUCUCCUGCUGCUUACUCUGGUGCUGACGCUUGUUUGUUCUAGCAUUCUGGCGAUUUUGUUCAUCUACGCUAUGCUGAACGUGGAAGACUACCGAUGGUGGUGGAGAAGCUUCUACUCUUUAUGAUGAUCCCUUCUUAGAAUAUGUUGCUGUUUUUAUUUAGUACUCUUCUUACUCCUUUUACUUCCAGAUGACAUGAUGAAUGUGCAUGUUGUCUGCUACACGUACUCGUACAAGAAGUGUUAUUUGUUUACCUCCUCAACAUCCUCGUUCUAGGAAACCCUCCCUGCACCAAGACCAACUACAGCUACCGUCUCUAACCGCCGGCGCAUCUUUGGCGUUUUUCUUCAACAUGUACUGCGUCUACUAUUUUCGACGCAGUCUGAUGGAUUCCUUCCUCCAGGGAGCGUUCUUCUUUAUGUAUUCCCUCCUGAUCAGCUACGCCUUGGCGCUGAUGUUCGGAGCCAUCACCUACUACAGCUGCAGCCAGUUCCUGCACUUCAUCUACGCGAGAAUCAAAAGCGACUAGGACCAGGAAACUGGAGGUGGGGUUGAAGAAUGUCGAAAUGCCUCUUAGAGAACGACUUCUUGAGAGCACAAGGAGUCUUGUUCAGCUGAAGGUUUUAAUAGAAGAAUGAAGUAGAAGACAUCAAUGACAGACUUUGGUCCCUGUCGUGACAGGAGAUGAACAAGCAAGGAAGUGUGACAAAAGGCUAUAAUAGAUACUACGGCAUUACCACCCGGAAACUCGAUUACAACUCCUAAGGAGAAAAUUCGAAGUCGGUUCACAGAAGGUUUGCCUCGAUGAAUUCCUACGAAUAACAACGAGAACAUACACGACCCUCGCGCACAUGAAUGAUGUCGCCAGAAAGUAGUACACAAGCAAUUUUUCAAUUUCAUAACAAAGGGCACAUGAUGAAUCAAUGCAUGUUUGCUUUACGACGUGUCGCAGAAACAUCACAUGAUGUGCAUGUGCGUAUUCGCUCAGAUUUGAUGCUGUUUCUGGUACACAUCCAAGAAGUUUAGGUUUUGCUAACAAGCCUCUGCUCAGCAUGCCAGCUUUUUGUGAGCCAG